AUGGCAUACAUGCCUGCCGAAGAAGAAGAUGAUUUUGAUUCCGAUGAUGGAUUUAUUGACAGCGAGACAUUAUCUAGAGAGGAUAUGAAAUAUUUGAAUUCCCAACCUCCCUUUAGCACGGGAUCUGUGAAUCACAGUGUGAGUAGUGUAGUUAAAUCAAACAAAGGCUUCAGAAAACAGACAUUUGCAACUAAGUCUGCACCACCCAGGUAUCACCGUACAGACAUUCUGACCAUGGAUGAUUUCAAGACAGCAGUAAUUAAAGGCAACAUGGAACUUGUUGAGAAGUCCCUCAGACAAGGUCUAGAUGUGGACACACUUUUGCACUGUGGUUGGACUGUUCUAAUGUAUGCUGCAAAUUAUGGGCGACCUGACCUAGUUCAGUUACUACUCAGCAGGGGAGCUAAUCCUAACUGUCACUGUGACAUGUUUACAGCACUUAUGUGUGCCUGUUCUGCAAGCUCUCACAGUGAGGAGGAAAUUACCAAAUGUGUCCAGAUCCUAACUGAAUCUGGAGCAGAUGUUAAUGCCAAAGACAGGUUUCACACAACUGCCCUAAUGCUGGCCAGCAGAGAUGGCCACGUGUCGGUGGUCAAGGAGCUCAUCAAGCAUGGUGCUGAGGUCAACAGACAGGACAGCCGUGGCUGGACAGCAUUGACAUGGGCCACCCAGCGAGCUGCCAAGGCAGUCAUGAUGGAGCUGCUGAACUGUGGAGCUGAUGCUAACAUCCAACAUGCAGAUAAACUGACAGUCAAAGAUCUGGCAGCACACAUGCCCACUGAUGAGAUGCUUGCCCUUUUGGAGCACAGACCCGCAAAUACUUCUGAUGGGGCUGGAGAUGGGACAGUGUGUUCAUAUAAAAGCCCAGUGCCUGAUACAAGCACUUUUUUGAAGGACAAUGGUGCCAGGACUACGGAUUUAAGAUACGGCGAGCUGGAAGUGUUUCUGCAUGGCCUUGACCUGUCGCAUUUGGUGGGUCUGUUUCAGCGGCAGCUCAUUGAUCUCAGUCUGUUGAUGACCCUUACAGAGCAGGACCUCAUUAAUGCAGGUGUAGAUCAGAUAGGAGCCCGGAAAAAGUUACUUGAUGCCAUUCAAGCACUUCACAAGAAAGACUGGCAACCGAGCAGUCUUGUAUCCAUUCACUUCAACAAGCAAAUUCGCUGCUCAGAUGCUGCUGCUAUCCUGGCAAAUUCCUCCAAACAUCUGCGGUACAUCGGCAGCACAGUCGUGUACAUCAGGGAACAGUUGAGGAGACAUCCGCUCCAAGUCACACAGCCGACGGAUGAGGUGACAGUCAGGCAACUACUUCGACACUCUGAAGACGCCAUCAAGAAUGUCUCAGCAUUGCACUCAGAGCUGGAGAGGUUGCAGUCUGAACUAGUUAAG